CAGCAGUUGGGUGCCGUCGGCGGAGCGUGGGUGAGCGCCCACUGGAGCUGAUCUCGCGCAGAGGUGCGGGAGUCUCGGCGAGGGAACAUGGCGGCCCUGACGACCGUGGUGGUGGCGGCGGCGGCCACGGCAGUUGCCGGGGCGGUGGCGGGGGCAGGCACGGCUGCGGGGACCGGCGUGGGAGCGGCGCCGACGCCGCAACAGAAUGAUGGCGGCUUUACUACUUCAGGUGGAAGUCGUCAAAACUGGAAACAGAAAGUUAGUCGGAUGAAGAAAGCAGAAUUCAUACGCACAGCAGAAAAAUUAAAGAAUCAAGUUAUUGUCAUUGAAAAAGAUAAACACAGCCAUUUCUACAACCAGAGAGGCGACUUCAGAACUGAGCAUAGCAUGCUGGAAGAAUUGGAAAAUAAACUGAUAAGCAGCAGGAAGACAGAAAGAGCAAAAAUCCAGCAACAGUUGGCCAAAAUACAUAACAAUGUGAAGAAACUUCAGCACCAGCUGAAAGAUGUGAAGCCUACACCUGAUUUUGUUGAAAAGCUCAGAGAAAUGAUGGAAGAAAUUGAAAAUGCAAUCAAUACUUUUAAAGAAGAACAGAGAUUGAUAUACGAAGAGCUUAUUCAAGAAGAGAAAACAACUAAUAAUGAGUUGAGUGCCGUCUCUAGGAAAAUUGACUCUUGGGCUUUGGGUAACUCAGAAACAGAGAAAGCUUUCCGAGCGAUCUCAAGCAAAGUUCCCGUAGACCGAGUGACACUGAGUACUCUUCCAGAAGAAGUGGUCGAAUUUGAAAAAUUCCUUCAGCAAACAGGAGGGCGGCAGGGGGGCUGGGAUGACUUUGAUCACCAGAACUUCGUGAGAGUGAGAAGCAAGCAUAAGGGGAAGCUGGCAUUCAUGAAGGAGGUUGUAGAGCACCUUCCAGGAAGAAUACUGGAUGAAGUUCAGCAACAUGAGAAGUGGUAUCAGAAGUUCCUGGCUCUAGAAGAAAGGAAAAAAGAGUCUAUUCAGAAUUGGAAAACCAAAAAGCAGCAAAAGAAAGAGGAAAUACUCAAGUUAAAAGAGAAGGCAGACACCACGGCUAUGCCCCCUCAUAGCAAACUGGAAGCUAAUCAAAAGCAGAAAGAGGAACAGAGAAAGAAGCAGAAAUUGGCGGUGGAAGCUUGGAAGAAGCAGAAAAGUAUAGAGAUGUCAAUGAAGCAUGCUUCCCAGCUCAAGGAAGAAGAGGAGAGAGAGAAGAAGCAGCAGAAAGAGCGCCAGCGGCAGUUCAAGUUAAAACUACUCCUGGAGAGUUACACCCAGCAGAAGAAAGAGCAGGAGGAGCUCCUGAGGCUCGAGAGGGAGAUAAAGGAAAAGACAGAAAAGGCGGAAAAAAGGAAAGCCGCUGCUGAUGAGAUUUCCAGGUUUCAAGAAAGAGAUUUACAGAAACUUGAAUUGAAAAUUCUAGACAGACAGUCAAAAGAAGAGGAAAAGGCAGAAAAACACAGGCGACUGGCAAAAUUGAAAGAAAAGGUUGAAAAUAAUGUCAGUAGAGAUCCCUCUAGGCUUUAUAAACCUACCAAAGGCUGGGAAGAACGAACCAAAAAGAUAGGCCCAUCAGGCUCUGGGCCACUUCUCCAUAUCCCGCACAGGGCCAUUCCAAGCUGGCGACAGGGAAUCUAGAGGGACUAUGAGAUAAUGCAGUUGCUAGUCACUUGAAUGUUAGUUAGUAUUGCUAUUUCAGGACUGGUGGUUAACUUUGUUAUUUAAAUGUUACUAGCUUCGUCAAGUUGGUUAUUGUGCUGUGUAUGAAUUGAGAAGUUUUAAGUGUCAUGGAGCAUUGUCAAUAUUUUCUUUCUACAAAGAUGGCAUAUGUUGGCCUAGUGUUGAUACGAAUGUUAUUUAAAUAGGUUUGUGUUAUGAACAUUAUUCCAUUUAAAUUUCUCAAAAUAUUUCAAAAAUAAUUUGUUUUUAAUCAUGGCUUAGUAAAAUAAUUUGGGAGAAUCAGUCUUUUUUAAGCCAAAAUUUUGUAACUUUUAUAACUCGGAAGUAACUAAGCUUGAGUAACAAAAGCUUAAGUGUCUUUUUAAAAGAGUUAUUCAAUAACUUAGUACAUUUUCUAAGUUUAACAAAAUGGUAAUUUGUCAGUUGUUUCAUUUUUGUGUAAUGAAUAUUUUGUAUUUGAUUAAAGCAUGCUUUGUUUUAUAUGGAGACUAUUUUAAAUAACCUCCCUUGCUACAUGAACCUUCUUCAUAUAUUAUGAUGUCAUCCUCCAGGUUUCCUGCAACUGUGUCAAAUUUUCUUUCAGGCUUUCUGGAGCCACAGAUUUAUAAAAUCUUUGUGUCUUUGUAUCUUA